UAUGUCAGUUUUUGAAAUAUGCACAGAUACUUCGUAACAAAGGAUUCUCCAUCGAGAACGAUGAAGAAGCACUGCGGGCUAAACUGGAAAACGUACAAAGCCAUUUACAGCAAUCUGAGCAGUUCCAUGGUAAACUCAACCAACUCUGGGCACAGCUUCAAUUGGUUCGAGAGUCCAGCCGGAUCUAUGGAGGAAAUGAAGAUGAUAAGGGGUGGGCGUCUGUGAGUGAGAAAGACAUGCAAACCAUCUCCAAGGUGUUGGAAGACCAGCAGAAUGGUCUCGCUCAUGUUAUGAAAAUAUUACGUGACGAUGUUCAAGAUGCCAUUGUACUCAGUCAAGCCCUGCAAGAGCAAAGUCAAUGAAAUACUUACAAUCAAUAAAAUUUGCGUCGUCUCACUGUGUGUUGCUUUUUUUUAA